AUAUAUCGCGCUGCGCAACUGCACUAAUAAUCAUAAUAAUGAUCGGUUUGAGGUUAUCUCGCGACAGCAGUGACCGCUCUUUCCAAAGAAAAUCGAAGGAAUUGAAAUUUUUAACACAAAGUGACAGAUAUUUCAAUUUGGACAACCGACGUCGCCGUAGAAUAUGCCAUGAGUGACCUCAAGGUAGAUCUGUCCGUGCCUUUCCCAAGCGCCAGAGAAGCAGAAGUCGCGUAUCAAGUGCUCAGAGUUGACAAGGAGCCGUCAAGAAGCGGAGUCACAAAGAAGCUUACGUUGAACGACAAUAUUCUGGAAGUGUCAUACAGUGGUAAGGAAGCAAGGAAGGUACGGGUAGCCCUUACAUCCUUCUUCGAUAAUAUACUACUAGUCACGGAAACCAUUCAACGAUUCGGUCCACCUGAGCCGACAUACACUCAUUAUUGAGCCAACGCUUUUU